AUGGGUACAGGUAAGAAAUCCCACAAUAACCACAAAAAGGAGAAUUUUGUAAAUGAUUUCCUUCCUCUUGGAAACUUAGAGAAAGUUGUAAAAGAAAUUGAUGAUCAGCCACUUCCACUUGUUGAUGGGAUUGAUGAUCAACUUGUGGAGUUUUCGAUAGCCAUGAGAAGUCCAACAUUUGCUAAGAAUCUUGGAAACUUUGAGCAAAAAGUAGGAGGCUCGGGAUCCUUGAAACACUAUCCAAUUGAGCUUGAAAAUGGUGAAAAAUCUCAGAGGUGUUGUGGAGAAAAUGGGACUUGCUCUCAUGUCUUGUUGAUGUGCAUAGUGACAAGCAAAGUAGCUCGAGAUGUUGUGAAGGUGGGCAACAAGUUUUUUUAG